AUGUUAUCUACUGUCCAAUUAAAUCACAGUAACCAUGCCCAAGAUAUGGUGCCUGAAAAUAGUUUCAACAAAAUAAAUAAUUUCCGUAACGAUGAACAUGGUCCAUAUUCAAAUCCACAGCAAGAAGACUACACAUCUUACGAUGCAAAUUUUGAAAUAGCAAACCGUGCCUUCUAUGCCACAAUCAAUAAAUUCACAAGACAGGCUUGUCCUGAUACAUCAACAAGACGUAGAUCCCCUCCUUAUUCAUUUUUAGAAAACUGGCAUUUACACAGUAUUUACAGCAAAUCACAACAAACAUUACUAGGCAUUACGCCCGUUAAACCUUCGGUGCUACUAUCAGGUGACGAUUUCAUGUUUACACCUCCUUUUAUCCAAGAAGAAGAUGAAGAAGAAGAGGAGUUUUACAGCGAUGAAGAUGAAGAAGAUGACAACCAAGGCAACUGGGAUUUCUAUCAUCUCAGUCCAUGCCCUGAAUCAAAUCAAGCUGGCGAGCUGUUCUCUUGCUCCUCGUAUCCUCCAUCAUCAACUGUGUCUGCUACAACAACGUCCCUUUCAUAUUUUGAAACAACCCCCCUCUCCCCUCAUACUAUUGCUACUACAACAAAACAAUACUUUUACGACCAACACGAGAACCAAGACGGCAAUAUUUGGAUAGAGAAUGACGAGAGACGACCACUCAACUUGAAUGGAUUUCAGUCGCUUUCAAAUCUAAACCUACUAACCAUCCAAAUUCCACCUCAAAACAAAACACUAGAUCCACUAUCAUCUCCUGAAGAGGAAUCCAGCUCAUCAUCGUCGGCAUCCUCCUCUUCGUCCGACGAGCAAUUGCUCAACAACUACAGCCCAAGCGAUAGCGACAGUACUUGCAGCAGCAUCACCAGCGAAAAACUGGAUGCUUUUUUCAACACUACUGACGACUUUGAAAACGAUGCUGAUAUCGAUGGUGUUGACGAUAGAAAUCAACUAUCGCCGCAACAACAAGAAUUAUCCUCAUAUGAUCUAAUGAACUUGUAUGAUACCGUAUUUCCCACUAACGACGAAUUGAAUCGACAACAAGAUGUUGCACAAAUCUCCACUAUGAUUAGCCCCGUGACAAGAUCCUCAUCAUUCAAAAGCCAACAUUCGAUAGAUUCCGUCGUGUCUUAUCAAUCGCUUGCUGACCUGAUGCAUCCUCAACAGCCAUCCACUGGCUCCUCAUUUUAUGGGUCUAUUAGUCAUUCUUUCACUUUUGAUGGCAACGUGGAAUCCAGUUCAAGGAAAUCUAUCUUGAAUUCAAUAGUCGAUACUCUUGUUAACAACAAUAACAAUGCAAAAGAUCACGAUGCUUUUAAUAACGAAGAGAUGGGAAUUCGACCAGCUACUAACGAACAUGGUACAGCAUUAAAUACUAUUUGGACGAGUCUUGCUAUUUUUAUCAUGUAUUAUUGGCAACUAUUGACUCAAUUCUUUACGAGAGAAUCCUCAACAUCACCAUCAAAUGAAUCUGAAUCUUUGCUUUAA